AUGCUGUGCUUUUCUCUUUUUUAUUUGUUCGCCAUAUACACCUGCUUAACAACAAUUACACGCGUACAGACAGUGCACACACCUCCUCCGCGUCGUGUGAUGGAUCGCACGCAUAGCUGUCUCGUGCCGCCUUCGUAUCCUGUACAAGCUAGACAAAAAAAAAACCAUUAUACACAACAGCGACCGAUGAUGAUUUUCAAAGCUGCGUUUUCAGGGUUUUUUUUGUACUACCUGUGCUGGUUGAGAGGCUAG